GGGCGUUGGCUGCCCCCGGGGAUCCACCCCGACCCCCGGCCCCCUGACGAGGCCGACGUGGUGGUGGUGGGGGGCGGCGUGGUGGGCUGGUCUGUGGCCUACUGGCUGAAGGUGCUGGAGGGCCGGUUCCAGCAGCACGGGAUGAGGGUGCUGGUGGUGGAGCGGGACCCCACGUAUUCCAGAGCCUCCACGGUGCUGUCGGCGGGGGGGAUCCGGCAGCAGUUUUCCCUCCCGGAGAACAUCCAGAUGUCCCGGUUCUCUGCCAGCUUCCUGCGUGACAUCAAUGAGUACCUCGGGGUCCCCAACGAGCCCCCCGUCGACAUCCAGUUCCAACCCUCGGGGUACCUGUUCCUGGCCUCCCUGGAGGACGCUGCCGAACUGGAGGCCACUGUCCAGCUCCAGAGGGAGGAAGGGGCGCAGGUAGCCCUGCUGUCCCCCACCCAGCUGAAGGAGAAAUUCCCCUGGAUAAACACGGAGGACGUGGCCGUGGCAUCCUAUGGCCUGGAGGAUGAAGGCUGGUUUGACCCCUGGACCCUCCUCAACGCUUUCCGGCGCAAAGCCACGUCCCUGGGGGUCCACAACUGCUGCGGGGAGGUGCGAGCUUUUGUCACCUCGGCCAACGACGCGAUCCCGCUGUCAGCAGAGUCCGCGCGCAUCAAAUACGUCCAUAUCUUCAUGCCAGACAGCCGGGAGUACCAGCCUGUCGCCUGCUCCAUCGUGGUCAACGCUGCGGGCGCCUGGGCCGGGAAGCUGCUGGAGGCUGAGGGGCUGCCCAGGGAGCUGUGCCAGCCCCCCCUGCCCAUCCAGCCCAGGAAGAGGUACGUGUUCACCUGGCACUGCCCGGACGGCCCUGGGCUCUCCUGCCCUUUCCUCGUGGACACCUCGGGCACUUAUUUCCGCCGGGACGGGAUCGCCGGGAACUACCUGGGCGGGAUGAGCCCCCCUGAGGAGGAAGAGCCGGAUCCCAGCGAGCUCUCGGUGGACCACGACUACUUCCAGGAGCAGGUGUGGCCCCGGCUGGCACGGCGGGUGCCGUCCUUCGAGUCCCUGCGGGUGCGGGGGGCCUGGGCCGGCUACUACGACUACAACACCUUCGACCACAACGGCGUGCUGGGCGCGCACCCGCGGCUGGAGAACCUGCUGGUGGCCGCGGGCUUCAGCGGGCACGGCCUGCAGCACUCUCCCGCCGCGGGCAGGGCCCUGGCCGAGCUGGUGGUGCGGGGCCGCUUCGAGAGCCUGGACCUGCGGCGCCUGGGCUGGGCCCGGCUGGAGCAGGGGGAGCCCCUGCGGGAGCGCGGCGUGAUCUGACGGGGCGGGGAGGGGGGCGUGGGGCACGGCCUGGCACCCCCUCCCCUGGCUGGAAGAGCGUCCUGGAGGAAUAAAAGGGCUGGGUGAGCAGCU